AUGGCUGGUGAACGGACGAUCUUGUACAGCCUCCUCGCUGGGGUGGUCCUCGAUCUGGCGAUCGGGACGUCUGUGUUUCCUGCAUCGCAACUGACCAUCAUGGAAGGGGCCGGAUUUUUGACUUUUCUUGAUGCUAUCCCAGCCACUCGUUGGAUUCACUGUUCAGUGACCAUCAACGGGCAGCACUACAGUCUGGAUAGCGAUCAGAUCCACACGAUCGGUGAUCUAACGACGGUGGAACGGUAUGACGAGGAGCGGUGCGGGGUGCGCGUGAAAAAUUUGCAAAAAUCUCUCGAGACCACCUGGGAACUGUACGGGACGAACCAAGAUGGAAAAGACGAACACGGCUCACUGAAGAUCACCGUUCAGUCGAUAAGAUUUGUUGAACAGUUGAACAUCACUGCAACUGGCACCUCACCGUCCGUUACGGUCAGCUGUCCGGAUGGAGGCAAUCCGCGCCAUUGCCGAAUCAUCGACGCGGAGCAGAAUAUCUACGAAUCGUGUUCCAAAUACGUGGAAAUCAACGACAAACACAGCGUUUUCUGGUGCCAUUCACUGUUCUGGGGAGACAUGACGGAACGGAUAACAAAAAUUAACGUCCACGUGAAAGAGGACGAUAGUAGAGUGCAGACAACGCUUGAAGAAACGGAUAGCCACGUGGUGCUGAGCUGUCGAUACGCUUCCGGCGCGUUGUCGCUAUGUCGUGCUCACUCGGAAACGGACAAUCGACAGCUGAUGCUGAUGGAUGGCACUCUUGCCGAUCGCUACUCUUCCUACGAUACCAAAACGAACGCUGGAAUGUGUUCGCUGGAGAUCAAAAAACCACUCGCACCAGGAGACAUCGGGUUGUGGCGCAUCUAUCAACAUCUCAAUCUCAACGAUCACACCGGAUGUGUGUUCGAUUUGAGAGCAACUCGCCCAACCAAAUCGGGUUCCGUUUAUAUCCGGACACGAAAACCGCAACCUGUUGCCCGUCAGCAACAGAUAACGGCCACUAGCAUCGAGAUAUUCCAUGACCCUCGCUCGUCGGACACAACCCGUACGCAGCUGACGUGCGAAGUACCGUACGCCUUGCAAUACUGCUACCUUUCCGGGCCGAGCAUUGGCGAUUACACGCCGCAGAAGUUUGACUAUCUCCGUUCCCUCGGCCACUGCCGGUUCGAGGUGACGAACAUUACCAGCGGUAUGUGGGCAUGCGGUAUCAACGAUGAACACGGCGCUGAAGACCACUUGACGUACUACGACGUGAAGGUUUACCAGCAGCCGGCUCGGUCCGUGACGGGGCCAUCGAUCACGGCAAGCAGUGGCGAUCAGCAGCAGCGAUUGCUGUGCAAAACGAUCCUCGAGUUGCCGAUUGGACUAUGCCGCUUUCAGGAUCCGGCCGGUGAAGUACACGGUCUAUCGGACAUGAUGAAUCCGUCGAAUGCGUCACGCUUCCGGUACCAUGGAGCGGGUCUGCGGGAAGGCGACUGUGGCCUGGAGAUUGCCGAGCUGAAGGAGCAGGACUUUGGCCGAUGGAAGUGUCUGCUAAAGGUGAAAAAUCGAGAGUACGAAAUCCCGAUCGACAUCAUUGAGGAAGCUAUGAGCGUCGGGGCGAUAUUGGCGAUCGCCAUCAGCGUUACGAUCGUGCUUGCAGUGAUCGGAUUCUUUAUCUACCGCCGGAUUAAUCGUCGCCACCGUGGACCGGCCUACACUGUCUCGUCUAGCAUGACGAAUGUCUCCAAUGGCUCCCAUCACUCGUAAACAAGGGAUCAACUCUGAACCAGCACCAGAGUCCCAGCGAAGCAGAGUCAUUUGAAACCACCGAAA